AAGAAAAACAAGAAUCGUGCCAUUUUUGUGCGGUACUGCGGUGUUAACCUUGAUGUGUUUCAGUGUACGAAAAUUUUUUCCAGUUGUGCUAAGUAAUAUUGUAUAUUAUUACGUAAAAUAAUUAACUCAAAGUAAUAACUCAAUUGUUAGAGUGAUUAUAUUAUAUAAAGAAAUCGCGUAAAAUCUUUUGCGGCGUAACUUCGAGACUAUUAUUGAGAGAUGAAGACUCGAAAAUAAGAUGAUCGAAAACAAUAUAAGUGUGAAGAGAUCACACGACGCGAGUGGAUGAUAUAUAUGUAUUUAUUGUUAUCAGAAAAAUUGAAAUUAGAAGCAUCAAGUUAUAAACGGAUUGCAAAAUUGGGCUCAUACAUUCGUACACACACCUGCAUCUCGUGUGACGGUCCGAUCGAACCUUUCGAAGGAAGUGCAGAACCGCCCAAGUCGCGCCGUAUGCGCCGGGCGGACGGUCCUUGACCGGGAUGAUGCGUGGAAGAAUGCGAAGUAACGAAAGAGAGGCCGAGAUGUAACAAUACCAAAGAGUACAAAAUAGCAUGCUAAAUCAAAGCAGAAUAUCAAGUCGCAUCUUUCUAUUGUGCGUUUUCCUGACCAGUUCAACAUGGAUUGUUGCCGGAAGUCCCAUUUGGUCCCAAUCCCUCAAGACGAAACGGGAAGCGGAGGUAGCGUCGACCAACUGGACCGCGCUGGCCGACGAAUGGAUCGCGGCGAAGGCCAGAGCCGCCGAAAAGAUGGACGUCGCUCUACUGCCGUUCAACGAGAGAUUCCGGGAAUUACCGCCCACGGCGGAAACCUUCGUUAUCAACGGCACGAGCACGGAGCAAUUGGAACGGUUAAAUUACUCGCGGAUGCUAUGGGACAUGGAAACGGUCCAGCCGAGCGGACAUCUAUCUGGAUUUGUGGACAAAGCUCUUAGGCUGCUAGACCUGAGGCAGGUGAUGAUGGAGGUCGAAACCUCCGUGAUGUCUAAAGUCUCUUGCACCGCUUGUAAGGUCGGCGCCGGUUUGCUGCAGCACUACAUAAAGAGCGGCAAGAGCGACGAGGAAAUCAUGGCUAGCAUUUAUCAGUUCUGCGUAUCGCUCAACAUACAAAGUUCCCGAGUUUGUCACGGAGUCACCAUGCUUUUUGGGGGCGAGGUGAUUUAUGUUCUAAAACAGGUGAACAUGGGUCCGGCGCAGAUCUGCAGCUUCGUGAUCGGCGAUGCGUGCGACGACACAUUCAAUCCGCUGCACGAAUGGGAAGUGGCCUUCCCACCGGUCAAGAAACCGCCGAUCAAGCCGCCGAUCCCGCCGCAGGAAGGUGCGCCGACGUUCAAGGUCCUGCAUAUCUCCGACACGCACUACGAUCCGUACUAUCAGGAGGGUGCGAACGCCGAGUGCAACGAGCCGCUCUGCUGUCGGCUAACGAACGGCGCCCCGUUGACCGCCUCGGCCGCAGCCGGACGAUGGGGCGAUUACAGAAAGUGCGACACGCCCAAGAGAACGAUCGACCAUAUGCUCAAGCACAUCGCCGACACACAUUCGGAUAUCGAUUACAUUUUGUGGACGGGGGAUUUGCCUCCACACGAUGUGUGGAAUCAAACGCGAGAAGAAAAUCUAAAAGUCUUGCGUGAUACGGUCGCGCAAAUGGUAGAGAUGUUUCCCGGUAUACCGAUUUUUCCGGCUUUAGGAAAUCACGAGAGCGCACCGGUCAACAGCUUCCCGCCGCCCUUUGUGCCUGAAGAGAACAGUAUUUCGUGGUUGUAUGACGAACUCGAUAAACACUGGCGACUUUGGCUGCCGGCCGGCGUGUCUCAUACUGUUCGUCGCGGUGCAUUCUAUUCGGUCCUAGUUCGACCAGGUUUCAGAAUUCUCUCAGUGAACAUGAACUAUUGUAACAACAAGAACUGGUGGCUGCUGAUCAACAGCACGGAUCCGGUCAGCGAGCUGCAGUGGCUCGUGUACGAGCUGCAAGGCGCCGAGAUCAACGGCGAGAAGGUGCACAUAAUUGGCCACAUCCCACCCGGACAUUCCGAUUGUCUCAAGGUGUGGUCGAGAAAUUAUUAUCAUAUAAUUAACCGCUAUGAAUCAACAAUCACGGCACAGUUCUUCGGACACACGCAUUACGACGAGUUCCAGAUAUUCUAUGAUACAUCAGACCUUGGUAGAGCGCUCAGCAUCGCCUACGUCGGUCCUUCCGUAUCGCCAUAUUAUGAUCUCAAUCCCGGCUACAGAAUAUAUUACAUCGAUGGAGAUCAUGCCAAGACCACAAGAUUGGUCGUCGAUCACGAGAGCUGGGUCAUGAAUCUAAAGGAAGCCAAUCUUUACGAUUACCCGAUCUGGCAUAAGUUGUAUAGCGUCCGGCAAGCCUAUCAAAUGGCGUCACUCUUGCCGAAGGACUGGGACUCGUUGAUCGACAAGAUGACUAACGAGCCGGCCCUCUUUGAUCUCUACUAUAAGCAUUACUAUAAAAACUCUCCGGUGCGACCGGCGUGCAAUGACGAGUGUCGCAAGAGGUUGCUCUGCGAUCUGCGCAGCGGAAGAAGUCACGACCGAAAGGCGUUAUGUCAGAGCCUGGAGGCGAGGAUCGACGACGAGACGAGAACGGGCUGGCGUGCGUGGAUCUACAAGGGCCUUGCACUAUCAAUGUCCGUGGUUAUGGCCAUCCCUAGGUUCGCGUACAAUUUACCAAAGUACGUCCUAGGACUGGGUUAAAACAAGAAAACGGACCCCAAGUGCAAAUACGUGAAACUCAAUUUGUGAUGUUAAAUUAUUAAAAAUACUCACGAUGUCGUCGCGCUCAAAACGCGGAUUUCAACGCCUCCUCCCCUGUUAACGAUCGACAAUUAUGUUCGUCGAAAAAAAUUGAACAUUUUGUCCGAUUCGCAAUCAUUUUAAUCUAACUUCUUUAAUCUUGAAAAGAACUCUGGAAGAAAAUAUUAAAAUAGAUCAUUUCUACAAUCGAAGACGCUUUUAAUAAUCAAAUCUCACGUUUACCGCUACAUAUUUUUGUUUAUACAAGAUAAUUAUAUCUUGUAUGUACACGUUAUUCACGUAUACAAAUUAAUUUACGGAUCGGCCGUAUUUGACGCUAAACGUGGGGUAUGAUUACGUAGGACUGCGUAAUCCGCGACAGAACUUGGAGCAUCAUUAAGAGAAUUAUGAGCGCAAAUUUACAAAUCAAAACGCGCGAAUAUUCUCAAUGCUUCUAAUGUUUCGAUAUCGUACAGUGCAUUACUGAAAUAGACUAACGAAGAGAGAUGCUGGAGAUAUAAAGUCAUUUUCAAACUCAGCAAACACAAUUUACCGAUGGAGACAUAAAUAAAAAAAAAUUUUUAAAUAGAGAAAAAAAGGAUAAUGGCUUAAUUCUGGACGUUCUGCGAAAUGGACAAGCAUAUCAAUGAUACAAUAUCCUGUAUUGCAGAGAAAUCACACGGCGAAUUCAAUUGUGUAUAUAAAGGAACAGUUUUAUUUAUUCAUAAAUGUGUUUUCGCCGACAUUGUUGUUUUGUAUUAAAUAGAUUUUGAUACA